CGAACCGUCGAGCGAGCAACAUGCACUCCCACCUCAUCGCCAUCCUGCUGGCCACCGUGGCCAUCGGCUCCUGUAUCGCCAAUCCCAGCCUCAUUUCUGGGCCAUCGAGGAUGAUGCAGAUUAUGAGCGCCACCAGCGAAAUGCAGAGGGCUAACCCACAGCAGACCAGCGGAUGUUUCAACUACUAUAAUGCCAUUUUGGAAUCGGACUGGGCUGCCUACCAGGAGGAGUACAAGCAGUGUGAUGUUAAGUACGAUGAUAGCUAUGGAGCGACCCUGAAGCAAUACGAUUCGAUCGUCUCGGAACUGGACAAUUCUACCCAAGCAAGCUGCAACGAUCUUAUUAAGUGCAACUGGGGGGGCAACAGUCUGCAUUCUUUGGCCUGCUAUAGCACAAAGGGCUCCCGAACGACGAAGAACUUGACCGAAGUUACUUCCAGUGCGGUUGAUUUCUACGCAUCCCUGAGUCAGGAGAUUAAGCAACUCGAUUACACCUGUGAGCUGUGCUACAACGCAUCGGCUCGCAACUACGAGAUCCGCUCCGGCAACACCUAUACGGAAUUCCAGGCCUGCCUCUUGGGACUGUCUCCUGUGCCAGAGAUCACCACAACCACCACCACCACCGGCAGUCCUAUUACCAGCACACCUCAACCGGAGUCAAGCUCAACCGAAUCAAGUACUUCAGCGGCACCCAUAUCUAGCUCUUCGGCCGCACCAGCCACAACAUCUAAGCCAAAAGAAGCUUCCCAUAACGAAUCCGAUGAAAACAGCAGUGCCAUCAGCAGGCAAAGAUUGGCCAGCAGGCUGGAAAGUAUUUUCAAACGUUAUGUUUAGGAAAAUAACAGUAUUUAAAUAAAGUGUACAUAUUGCAACAAAUGUAUUAAAAAAGAGCAUUCUAAGUCU